AUGCCCACCGAGGAGGAAAACAUCCAGUACAUUUACCUCGUGCUCACGCAUGCAGGACCGCCGACGAUCAAUUGGCCCCCCGUCUCCACCGCGCUGUCCCUCUCCCCCGGCGCCACCUCCAAGCGCUGGUCGCGUCUGCGCAUCGCACUUGAAAACGGCAAGCCCGCGGGCAAGGGCGCGUAUGAGUUGCUGUGGCUUUGUGUGAAGCACUCGAGUAGGGAGAAGGCACUCGACUGGAAAGCCAUCGCGUCGGCGUGCGGGACCACGCCCGGCGCGGCGAGCAAGCGGUACAGCCGGAUGAAGGCGGCGUGGGACAGGGCAGACGCGACGGCCCCUCCGUCCUCGGCUGCUGCGCCUGCGACGCCGAAGAAGACCGCAAAGGCAGACCAGGACGCAGCUACGCCCACGCCGAAGCGCAAGCGCGCCCCCGCCGCGAAGCCCGAGAAGGCGAAGAGAGACGGCGAGGACGAGGCCCGCCCCGAGAGCGACGACGACGACGCAGACGACGCGUCGCCGUCCCCCAUGAAGCGCGCCCGGGCGCCCACCCGCAAGAUCAAGUCCGAGCCUGAUGCUGGUGCUGAUGCCGAUGAAGAUGCUGCGCUGCCCACACCCGUCUCGUCGGCCGACCAGCGUCCUCCCCGCGACCAGAAUCGCGUCCAGAUCCGGAACCAGAACAAGGGUCAUCAGCACGACAUCGUCUUCCAAGGCUUCCCAUCAGCCCCGCAUCACACCUUCGAAGCCCAGGUCGGAUUCAAGGGCUUCCGCGACCUCGGCGCUGGACAGGGGGAGGGAGGGGCUGAGGAGUGGCACGAGAGCAGCGAGUAUCUCGAUGGCGACGGUGUUGGUGCGGCUGGGGGGACUGAUCGGGUUAGUGGGUGGUUGGAUGAGAUUUAG